AUGACCAAGUCUUGGAAGAAAAAUCAGAACAACAAGAUGUCCUGCCUGACUGCGACCCCACCGGAGGAGUUCAUGAUCGAGCUGGACAGACUUCGGCACAACAGGGUGAGGCAGGCGGCCGACUGGAACAGAUCAGAAGCACCAAAUUGUUGGCGUCUUGGAUUUGGUCGGGGUAGGGAGCGCGAGUUGCUCCCCGGAGCGUUGUUUGUCCUCCUUUUGAAUUUCGUUCCGGAGACCUUGAAGACAGUCUACCUGGGCUCGGCCAUGUUGAAAGACCUUCUCGAAUGGAUGGAAUUGGAGAACAAGGGCGAACAGUGCAAGAAAGCUAAGCAGGUGCUCAACGAGUACAUGUGCCAUUUUGUGCAUGUGAUCAAGGCCGACACGUGGGGCAAAGUGGUAGGGCACGCCGGCGAUGGAGUGAUCAGAGGUUGUUGGGGCCUCGACGGUCAGUUGGAGAACGGUACGGGCAAUGGUUUGCAUGCUGUGGCUCAAGGCCGCAAUCGGUUUAUCCGUGCGGGCCGGCGAGACACGACAUGUUCCUUUGCGCACAACGUUUUCAUGGCAAGGUCGUCUGAGUUCUCCUCGAUCCUGCCACAUGAAGCGACAUUGCCAAGCAAGUCGCUUGAGACCGACCGCGUCGUGCGCCCCCAGAUUGUCAUCACACCACCCAGACGAGGCGUCGAGGUGACCGAGCCUUGUGAGAAGCCUCCCCAGACGCCUCCAGUCGACGACCGCGAUCGCAGUCCAGCAGCAGCGAGCCUUCAACUUCCAGGUUCUUUUCCGAAACCGGAACUGUCCGAUCCGGAGGAUGAGCCAGCCGGCCCUCAUGGCUCCUCGGUGUCUCAGGACCAGGCUUCUGAGCAAGAGCAUCUUCAACGGAGGCCUUCCUACAGCUCCCAAAGGUCUCGCAGGGACUCCGAUCUCUCUUCGAAAGGAGACUCGGAUGUGACGGAGCGACGCAGCCAAUAUAGUCAGGGCAGCAAGCGCCGGGGUUCCUUUACCGUUGAAAGGGCAAGCAAGGACACCACCAAGUCUCCUUGGGACAGAGUUGCAUUUGUGGAUGGAGUUCAGCCUGUGAUGCAGGUCUACUUGGAAGAUCAUUGCGAGGACGGACCAAGCACGGCUGGUCGUGUUAUCAGCAUGCUGAUCGUACUGUUCGGCCUCCUCCUCGUGGUGUCUACACUGUCAUUUUGGUCCUUGAUGAUACCUUUUGCACUACCAACAGCAGGUUUCUGGGAGAAUUGGCGAUUCAACUUCGUCGCGGUGCCCUCUAUGAUGUAUGUUGUCAGUCGCGCGGGUGUUCUUUUGCUCUUCCGCAGCAUUUCGCCAUGCGAGCGGUCCAGGAUGAGCUUCAAGAGCCUCUGGCUACCUGCGAUUGGCGCAGUAGCCUGCGUCACUAUCAUAACCUUCGCCGGGGUUCAGGGCCUUUUUCCCCUGCCUUACCUCAUUGUCACUGCUGCGAUCCCUGCACAGAUAGUUGCCCUCAUUGCUGCACGUCUGUCCAUACCAUCAGAUCUCAUGACUGCAGAGAUUCGCAGGUGGUGGAUGUACGUGACCUUCGGCUUCAUAGCUUAUCCUUCGCAAAGCAUGUUGUUCAUGCUUUGGCUGGCCGUAUUCCCAGAACUCACGGAGGUGUUGCAGGUGCUGAGCAGCUUCGCGAUGAACGGUUUGCUCGCAGUAUCGGCAAUCAUCAUGGAGAGGAUUGGGCUGUGGCUGGACCUACCGGUCUACCUCUUGUACGAGAUCAAAGUCAUGAUUCUGUUCGUGUCAUUUCUCUACACAGCUGCGAUGCUAGCCAGCGCCAAGUCCUUCACUGUGCUCGCACUGAUGCUUGCCCAGGAUGCAGCCAAGGCAGUGGCAAUCUUUCUGAGAAUGUGCUUUCAUUUGCUAGCCAUCCUUGAGAUCGAGCACGCAUGCCAGAACGAUUCGCAUGCAUGCGAUUCUUGCUACUGCUCAACUUUCGGAUCGUUACUAGUUUCUCCAAAAGAGCUGCUGGCUCUCGGUCGACGGAAGUGGUCCUUGAUGUCCGACGUCCAGGAUAGACUCCGCGACAUCUUCGCCAUUUUUGAGCUCCACAGCCAACGCAGCCUCCAAGAGGCCGAUCUCGCGCUGGCCGAUGUCCGCCUUCUGGGCGGGUUUACCAGAUGUAUUGUCCAUUUCGGUUUGGUGGAACUUUGUGAAGUGGUCGUACCGCUCCUGUACAUGAUCUUGGCGACACUGCUGCACACACUGGCAGAUAAUCGGGAGUAUGUCUAUCUAUUCAAUGACAUGGAGCUGUGGCCAGCUUUAGCGGGAAAUGGCUUUGGCCUCCUGAUUGAGGUAUUGGUCUUACUGCUCCUCCAAACUGCACUUUCUCGACUGAUCGGCUUCAAUUUGCUAAAUUUUGUGGCCCAUGUCUUGAAAAUGGACUUCAGCUACUGGAGCGCAAUUCUUGCCACAUGCUUGGAAGGCUGGAUCAUUGUGCUGCUCUCUCAUGGAGGACAUGAUCUUGAAGCGAUCCGCGAAUGGCUUUCCGUCUAA